AUGUGCGAAAACUGGCAUGCAGGCUUCGCCCUGCUCCCUGUUGCGACUGUACCACAAGUGGUUCGCCUUGCUGAAGAAUCAUCUAUCCUUACGAUUCGUGGUUACGCUUUUUGGGCGCUGAAUCUAUUGAGCACAUCACUUCCUGGCAAGUGUUUUAGAGCAGCAGCUUUAGCGCAGUUGGGUUGGGAAAGCAAUAGACAUCGCGAUGCGCUUGGAGAAAUGAGAAAGAGGGGCGAAAAUUUUGAUUCUGUAUCGCAGAGUCCGUUGCCAUUUCCAGCAAAUCCUCAGAUUAUCGUGAGGUCGCCUCGAAGUAGAAGCAGCAGCGAACUUCAACCUCUUACUUUUUCUCGACGUCGAGCGAGCAGUUCUGGGCUUUCCAAAUCUUCGGAAUCGAUUCGUAUACCUGGGUCGUUACCCAAGUUGCGCAGAACGAAAAGCUCUACCGGUGUUAGUGUUCAUUCUGAAUCGAAGAGAAUAUCGCAACGAGAAAGUGAGGAUCUCCAACCUCGUCAUGAGCGCGCUGUGACGGGUGACUCGGUGUUCACUAGCGGGCUUGGUUCUCUCAGUGAGGAAUCAACCGAUGGUGGCUGUUUUCUUCCCACUAUAGUUGGACGGCGACCAACUAUAACGCUGGAUUCAAUGGUGGGCGAAUGGGAGUCGCGGCCCAGAAGUUCCACAAUUGCCUAUUGUCUAAAUCAGGGACUCGUUGCCACGAAGACUAAUCUAGUUGUGCAAGGAACCGUAUGUUAA